AUGACUGGAGUCUUUGACAGCCUCGUCUCAGACAUGCAUUCCAACCAGAUUACCUCCAGCAGUUACCACCAGCACCACAGUUUGCACAAGCCGCAGGAGUCGCCCACUUUGCCCGUGUCCACCGCCACCGACAGCAGCUACUAUACCAACCAGCAGCAGCAGCAGCAGCACGGAAACGCAGGCGGCGGCGGCAGCGCGGGCAGCAACGGGAGCGGCGGGUCGCCCUACGCGCAGAUGGGCUCUUACCAGUACCACCCGAGCGGCAUCAGCGCCGCGCCCUACUCCACCAAAGCCGGCAGCUACGAUCUGGGAUACCCCGCUUCCUACAGCUCCUACGCGCCCUACGGGGCACGGACGUCGCCGGUCAGCAACGAUCCGGCGGAGAAAGAAGAGGGCGAGCCCGAGAUCCGGAUAGUCAAUGGAAAGCCAAAGAAAGUGCGGAAGCCCCGGACCAUCUACUCCAGUUUCCAGCUGGCCGCUUUGCAGAGGCGCUUCCAGAAGACCCAGUACCUGGCGCUGCCCGAGAGAGCCGAGCUGGCCGCCUCGCUGGGCCUCACUCAGACUCAGGUGAAGAUCUGGUUCCAGAACCGGCGGUCCAAGUUCAAGAAGAUGUGGAAAAGCGGCGAGAUCCCCGCAGACCAGCACCCCGGCGCCAGCGCCUCGCCGCCCUGCGCCUCGCCGCCGGCCUCGGCCACCCUCGCCUGGGACUUUGCUCCCCACCAGCAGCGGAUGAGCAACGGAGGCGCAGGCGGCGGCGGCGGCGGGAGCAGCGCGAGUUCCAGCCCGGGCACUCCCGGCGGCGGGGCGGCGGCGGCUGCUUUCCUCGGUAACUACUCGUGGUACCACCAGGCGUCCAGCGCCGCCGCCUCCCACCUGCAAGCCGCCUCCCCGAUCCUGCAGCAAGGGCAGCCGCACCCGCACCACCCCCACCUGCAUCACCACCACCACCACCACCACCACAGCGCGGCCGUCAGCGCAGGGACGAUUUUCUAGCCCGGCUCCCCCCGCCGGCCCAAACACCCGCGUGCGCGCGCGCGCGCCACCCCGCUCCCCGAGUGGAGAUCCGCCGCGAGGCGGGGGGCACUCGCUCAGCCACCCCCCCCCCGCUCCUCGGCGGACUGAGGGAACUCCCUGGUGCUUUGUUGAAGAAUUACUCCCCCCACCUCCCCCGAGGGACUCGGCGCAGCAGCAGCUGGUACUUCUCUCCCCAAAGGGGGAACGAGCCUCCCUUGGAGGGUUGGAUCUAAUCAGGAUUCGCUGCGGCUUUGCUCAGACAUAUGUCAGACACCCACCCCGCCCCGAGGCCAGCCAGCGGCUUUGAAGUCCAGGGGAAGCGACUUCGUUCCAAAAAUCUCCGCGAGAUUUUUCCUUCCUCCACCCCAGGGUUAUUUCUGUCCUCCCCCGCCCGCGCAGUCUCUUCUAUCCUUUCAGUUUCUUGGGAGAGGAGGAGGUGCUUCCCCUCUGUCCUGUAAUCUUCGGCGAACUUCACUAGAAAUUCACUCAUUUCUCAUCAAAUCACCAGUGCAGAAUUUCUUAUUUAAUUUUUUUUUUAUUUUUUGUAAACGUUUUUUAUAGGUGCCUUUGCAGAUGACCUCAUUUUGAUGUUGGGAAAGGGAAAAAAGAUAAAUAAUUUUUAUAUGUAGAUAUUUAAAAUUUUAAAAGAAACCAACCCAGCUGUGUUUAAAUUAUCUUUUUUUAAAUGUUUGCAGGGCUUUUCUUCACAAGGGAAAAAUAUGUUUGUAAUAAAGCUGUUUGUGCCGAUUUUUUUCUCCCCUCUUGGCUUCUUUGUAUAAAAAAAUGAAAAAUAACAAUUCCACAGCCUGUAUUCGUUUGGUGAAUCAAGAUUUGUUACUGCCAUGUUUCUCUCUCUCUCU